GUGUUUCCUGAUGUGUGUAGGAACAACGCGUGAACGUGCCUUUUCCGCUUAGAAAACCAAGAUGGCUCGUGGACCGAAGAAGCAUUUGAAGCGUCUUAACGCGCCUAAAGCAUGGAUGUUAGAUAAAUUGGGUGGUGUAUAUGCUCCACGACCAUCUACUGGACCCCAUAAAUUAAGGGAAUCUCUUCCUCUUGUUAUUUUCCUUCGUAACAGACUAAAAUAUGCAUUGACUAAUUGUGAAGUAACCAAAAUUGUGAUGCAACGUUUAAUUAAAGUUGAUGGGAAAGUACGUACAGAUCCAAACUAUCCUGCAGGUUUCAUGGAUGUCAUUACGAUCAACAAGACUGGUGAAUUUUUCCGACUAAUUUAUGACGUUAAAGGACGUUUUACCACGCACAGAAUUACUGCAGAAGAGGCUAAGUAUAAGUUGUGCAAAGUAAAACGUGUUCAGACUGGACCAAAAGGUAUUCCAUUCUUGGUAACACACGACGGAAGAACCAUUCGUUACCCUGAUCCCUUAAUCAAGGUUAAUGACACCAUUCAUUUGGAUAUAGCAACUGGUACAAUCUUGGACUUCAUACGAUUUGAUUCAGGUAAUCUUUGUAUGAUUACUGGAGGAAGAAAUUUAGGGCGUGUUGGUACAGUUGUCAGUCGUGAGCGUCAUCCAGGAUCUUUUGAUAUUUGUCAUAUUAAGGAUUCACAAGGACAUACUUUUGCUACAAGGUUGAACAAUGUAUUUAUCAUCGGUAAGGGUACAAAGCCGUACAUAAGCUUACCAAGAGACAAAGGUGUUAAGCUUUCGAUCGCCGAAGAACGCGACAAGAGGUUAGCAGCGAAAGGAGUGAAUUAAUGUAAAUUUUCAAGAAAACGUUCAAUAAACCGAGAAUUUCUUGGUCGAUAA